CAAAAAUGUGAGUGUACAAUAGUGUGUUGUAAAAUAUAGUACAUAAUAUUACUACAAAAUAGUAACUAUAAUGAUUGUUUUGUAGGAUUGCCAAAGAUUAUAGUUCAUCAAUGCCAGAAAAACAGAAACCACAUCAGAAGCUUCUAAUUAGACUGCGUGAGAGAGAGAGAGUGCAAGAGAGGGAGGAGUAAGAGAAAAGCAGCAGCAGAUAUACUACUCGUUGCAAUUUCUAUAAAGUGGUGCUCCCUCUCCUACACGCACUUCUGGUUGCAAAACAAAGCAGAAGUGGACGCCAGAGAGAAGUUUUGAGGUUGCCGCUGCUCGUGGCCGUCAUGGCUCAGGGCUCCGACAGCAACGACGCGAGCUACAGGUCCCCGUCACCUGCAGGCAGGCAGAGCUCGUCGGACGACGCAAAGAAGGCAAUGCGGCGAGAAAAGAACCGUAUAGCAGCGCAGAAGAGCCGGAUGAGGCAAACACAGAAAGCCGACAGCCUCCACCUGGAAAGCGAGAGCUUGGAGAAAGAAAACGCGGCGCUGAGGAAGGAAGUCAAACAGCUGACAGAGGAAGCCAAGUAUCUCACAUCGGUUCUGAGCAGCCACGAACCCCUCUGCGCCGGCCUUACCCCGACCACCACUGACCUCCAGUACCCGCCUAACCAUCACGGCGCGUACCACCAGCACAUCGCCGUCCCACACUACCAGCACUGACCCACACACUCCGGACGAUUGCCAUAAAUGGGAUCAAGUCGGCGCACCAAGAACUGGCAAGAAUUAGGUACACCUGAACGACCACAAAAUGGCCGUCAGUUGAAACUACUAUGUGAAGUGAGACUCUAAUGGUGUUCCACAAGGUUCUACACAAAGUCCACACAUUUUGUUUUACAUUAUUUUCUUUAUAUAAAUGUCGAUUCAUUUGAUAAUCGACUACUAUUCCAUUAAUUGUGGCAGCCCGACUCAACAUAAAUAUCAUAAUUGCUUACUGUUGGAAUAAAAACUAAAAUGGGGUUCCACAAGACACGACCUUAGGUCCACUUUACAUAUUGUCAAUGUCAAACUGACUUGGCUUUCUAAUAUGAAGACUAGAUAAUAUUUUUGUUUAUUAUUAUGAAUCAUAAAGCUUAGGCGUACCUAAUUUUGUGUCCUCUAAUUGCCAAUUUUUACAUCCCACAGUCUUUGUUUACACUGCAAAAAAAAAAAAAACAUUUCAGGUGAUUCAUUUGUAAAUUGCUUAUUUUUCUUUGUCUUUUUGUUUAUUUUUUGUUGUGUAAAUGCAGACCUAAGAAAGCUCAGGAGAUUUUUUUUGUUGUUUUUUUGACCGAUUUGAUUGUUUGACAAAGCGAAUGUAAGUUGAGCCAAAGUUUGUACGAGAGGAGAUAUUUAUUAAAUGUUCAAAUGCCAAAUUGUGAGUUUUUAUUUUGUCUAGUUUACUUCAAUUUUUUAUUUUUAUUUGCCCUUUAUAGAGCACACAUUGAACUCAUUGGCUGCCAUUGACGGCGCUGGACGUUUCAUUAUGACUGUGAGUGGCUGGCAGGGAAUGAUUGCUGCCAACCCUCCCGGUCGAAGUGAAUUGGACAUCAAGCGCCAUGAAUGGCAUUGAAGCGUGAGCUUGUCAGCCCAGUUUGAGUGAAUUGGACGUCUUAUUUAGUUUAAAACAAAACAAAAAAAAAAACUUUAUUUUUUAAAUGUAAAUUUUAUUUUGAUUUCAUUUUAU